AUGGGAGAAGUCUUUCUCGACAAAACAAUCGGCCUCUUGUCGUCCGACAAGCUGAAGACCCGCUCAGAGGGAUUAGCAGACCUCAAGCAUAUCCUUCAGCGAAACAAAGGCUCUAAGCUGUACGUACAACAACUCAACGAUAAAGCUUGCCAUAAGGUUUUCCAAUCAUUGUUCCGGUUCAUCGCGACGGAAAGAUCAAUUUACAAUAAGAGCCAGUCGAGCACAAGGAGCACGUCUGCAUUGCGACUUUCAUCAUGUGCAUCUAUCAUUCGGAUGGCCGUUGAUAUCUUCCAGAGAAAUCUGAGGAUGAAAACAAUCCGUGCCAUCAUCGAUCACAUAACUGAAACCAUACCAGUCCCCGGAGAAGGCCUAUGGGAACCACUGAGCUUAGAUUACAUCAAGAGCUUAGCAUCCCUUCUACGGUAUCGACCUCAUGUGGAGCAUCUGGGCGAAGACGACUGGGAAGCCCUCAUUGGAUUUUGCCUUGCCAGCAUAGGCUUACAGGACAAUGAAGAGAGCCAGCUUAGCAUCCGAAGUACUCGGUCUGGGAACGACGAUUCGAGUGAAGGCCGUUCAACGCCUUCUAGAAUGACACCUGCUCCAGCCACCCGAGAAAGACACAAUGCCAAUAGGAAUUCCAUUGAGGAGGUGAUGCUGUGCAUUCAAUACUUGACAGCAGCCCCAAAUGCUUUCCUUCAGAGUAAGGCCCAGACCGUCCUUCACGGACUGGUAGGGUUCGUCGAAUCACCCCCAACCGGCGUAUCUGGUAAUACACACCAGCUCGCAUUCAGUAGCAUCAAUGCAGUCGUUACGAAAGUCUUGUUUGAUCAAUCCGAUCUCGUUUGUUCGUGUCUGUUGAACUUGGUUCCAGUAAUACGCCGCCUUUGGGCCACCACCAAGCUACAGGCCUUGAAGGAUGAGCUGCUCGUCACUCUGAUGCUCUCUCUGGUGACACUGGUGGAUGCCGCACAAAAGAGCCCGUCUGAAGCCCUGGCACUUGACAUCAAGGAGCUUGUCACUAUGCUUCAUUCGGAAUACGUGGAAGGUCCCCCAAAGCAAAGUCUACAAAUCGAUGAGGUAGUGUUCUUUCAGAAGGACACUGCAUGUCAAAUGCCUGUAUAUGGACCUCGUCUGGGCCUUGCUAGAUCGGAAUAUUAUUGGACAAUGAUCUGGAUGAUUGCAGAGCUGUUUAAGCUUUCAGAACACAUCAAUGCCUGCGUCAAGGCCACUGGAUCUCACGAAGAUUCGGUCAAAAAAGUGCGCUCUCAGUCCGAGAUACAAGAUAUCUUUCGAGAUGCUGUCUCCGCAACAGGUACAAGACGAACGUGCGCAUUGCAAUUAAUUCCGUUCCUCGAAUCCGAACUGGACAAUGAAACAAAGGAGAUAUUUCUCAGAAGACUCGUCUCGAGCAUCUCUGACGACAGCGGCACAGUGUCAUCGUGGACAAUGGUAGCCCUGACAAGUAUUGCAAAUGGACCAACUGCGAGGUCACCCGAGAUCAGAGCGCACUGGCCGCGAGCCGUUGACCUUGCCACUCGUAACUGCUCAUCUCCAUUGACUUCGAGGGCUGCUUGCCACCUUUUGUGUACUAUCUUACAGUCAGACCUAUUGGAUUACUCAGUCGCCAUGGAGAAAACCCGUUUAACCCUAGCUUCUGUCAGUGGACCACCUGCUAUCUCGGAUUCAUCUCUUAGGCUAUGGACAUUUAUUGCCCGCAACAGGACGCAGCCUGACCCAGGAUCCGCCCAAGAAACUGCGAAAGAGAUUUGUGCCUGGCUGAGGGAGGUUUGGACUUUUGGAAUGUCUGAUCGAAUUCAGACAACCCGAGUGGCCGCAUAUGCUCGGCCUACGGAGCUCUUGGAUCUCUUAUUAUCAUGCACCAACCGGUACCUUUCCAUACCUCACUACCACCUGGCCGGACCAGUGGGAAACAUUGCUCGCAGUUGGUUCUUCCUCCAUGAGAACCGGGAGCUGUUAGAAUACAAUUUCCACACGGGCACUACUCAAUAUCUCAAUCCAUGGGGACCUCAGGAAGAAUUGUCACUGGAACAGUCAGUCACGGAAGAUUCAAACGAUGCAGUUAUAUUAGAACUGCUUCGUUCGCGAUCUGAAUUUUUCCUGCAAGCAUGGCAUGCAAUGAUUGAGGAGGGGCCACAUAUCACGCCAGAAAGCUUGCAAAUCUUCGCCUCUUUUUGUGUUGUGACUUCUCUUUUUACAUCAUGCCUUUCUCAAUCGACCCAGUCUCAAUUUCAAGAGCUACAUCAGAGUUUCUCAAAACUCUGGGAUUCGAUUUGCAAUUUCCUGACAACCCAUGAGUCUGCAUUCACCCACAGCUGCCUAGUCUUGAUUUCGCCGCUUCUAGAACCAUUGAUGGACCACCAAACCCCUUCCGCUAUUAAGACUAGCUUGGAAGAGCUUGGCGCACCACUAUCAAAAGCACUUGAGCAUCUGCGCCAGAAUUCAAAAUCUCAAUCCAGUGAUGAUCCCAUGGAUCUAGACGAUCGAUUCUCAAGCGAACAAACCUCAGCAGCAGUUGAUGAGACGAUUCUUGCUAUGAACCGAACCUCUGACCUUAUCCUUCACGACGCAGAUACCUUCCAACGUUGCGUGACAGUUCAGCUAUCAGCCUACCUUGCAUUCAAUGCAGACUCUCGGUCCAUCGACACUUCGGAAACAUCUCGUGUUAUCGAAUACUUGACAGGCUUAGAUGAACCUGACAUCCUCGCAGCCCAGGCUUUCUUGCCGAAGGUUUAUCGAAAAUGCUCGAAAUCUACUCCCUCUGAGAUACUCUCACUUCUAGAGGAUUUGGGUGAAAAAUGCCUUCAGUCUUACGACAUGGAGAGAUGCGAAGCCUCGCUUUGCGUUUGCAUUGCCAUGAUGGCCAGUUUCCAAGACUCAUGGACGAUAGGAAAUGACGAAAACCUCAAGGAAUCGGCCAUGGAUCUGUAUCAAUGGUUCAUGGAGGUGCCCCUGGCUCGGAAGCAGGCUACUUCCAAGGUCUACAUUGCCUUAGCUGAGCUCAUUCAGGAUGUUCUCGGAAGCUCCUCCUCAUAUGGCAACCAGCGGUCCCUCCCGUCACCUCGCACAAGUUUGUUCACAAUUCUUCGUGAAGGAGACAUACGGGUUAAGUUCGACAUUGCGAAAUUCAUUCCAACUUUAUUCGAGCGUUUCCUUUUCAAGGACCACGACGCAAUCUUUGACGAUGUACUCGAAACUCUACCUCGAGAUCCGGAAUGGAUAGAAGGUAUCGCAGUCCGUCUCUUUGUGCUCUCCCAAUUAGCUUCGAAGUGGCACACAUUGCUGCGAAGGAGCAUUUACCACUUGUUUGAAACCCCGGCUCAAGUGCCACAAUCCCUAUGGUAUGCUGAGAAGUGCAUGAGAUCGGUAUCUCGGACUCUUGGCCUUCAAGACGCCAAGGAGCUUUUCCAGCUUUUUUCCUCUCAAAUUCUUUACACCUGGACAGAGAUUCAAGAUAUCAUGUCAAUGCCGUUUAGCAUCUUUGGGUAUGAAAGCCUCCGAGAGAUGCUUCGGGAUGUUAAAGACGAAGUCGUUGGUCAAAUGACUAUGCGUGCAAGAGAACAGGAGACCAUCGAGCUCGCCAACUACUUGGAAAUACCUCAUCUUGAGCUCUUGACUUCUUCUUUCCACAAAGCCGAAGCAUACAGCAUUGCGCGCGACAUCAGCACUCGCCCUAGCCAGGGAAGCCAGCCAAAGGCCGUUGAGCCUCGUUUGCAAAGACUCAUCGGCGCUGACAAUUUCAUAACUCAGGUCGAAAGACAAUUCCCCUCUAUCAUUGCUGACUUUUUUGCAUCCCUUGACUACUACGACCAGAUUGAGAGGGCGUUUUCCAAGCGCCAAGACUUUAUCUACGCACAAGACAUACAGACGCAGAUCUUUGACAGGAGCUCAUCUCAGAAUGUACUUCCAGCAAACCAACAGCCGUCUUUUCGUGCACGUUAUCUCCUGGUCGAACUCGAAGUACUCUGUGAUCGUGCUGGAUUCGAGUUCGGAUCGAUCUGGACACCUUCACUGGUAUCAUUUGUGUGUCGCUCGCUAUUUGAGACCAUUCAUCCCGCUCUAGGCUCACUUCAUGCCUGCUCGGUGGUACGAAAAAUCAGGAUUGUUGUCUGUGUAGUUGGUCCGAUCAUACUACAAGACUAUCCUUUUGAGAUGACGCUCGGCGCUCUACGUCCCUUCAUUGGCGACGUUUAUUGCGCCGAAGAUGCCAUUGGUGUUGUCUGGUAUCUUCUUGAAGCCGGCAAGUCAUAUCUCCAGGAAAACCCGAGAUUUGCUGCAGGAAUAGCCGUCACAAUUCUUGUAACUCUUCGCGCAUCAUAUUUGUUGUCAUCCGAGAAUCCCAUUCAGGAGAGUCAGAUGAAAACGGUGCAAGCAAGCGCGCAGAGGUUUUACGAAUGGCUGGUUGAUUUCUUUGGUCGUCUUAGCUCCUCGGAUUGGAUCCAAGAGACAAAAGAGUCAUUCGACAGACUACUAUCUCUGGCAGAGAAAUUCCCGACAUCCCCCAAGUCCUCAAUUGGACAAGUGGCAAGGGAUCUAGCUUUUGAAGUACUCAAGGAUCGUGAUUCUGUGACAUCGCUGCUCACCACGCCUGUGGCAGAUCUAGUCCUAUCCCUCGUGUGCUCGGAAUUUGAACAGGCAUCUGAAAUCAGCGAUAACCUUUCAAGUGGCGAGGUGGAUCCGUCCCUUCAUGUUGUCUCUCUAUGGCAAACACUUCAGAAUUUCGAUGGGGGCUCUCAGUAUCGACUCUGGGCCGCUCGAGCCAUUGGAAGGUCUUUUGCCGCUACUGGAAAGACCAAUGAGUUGCUCGUCCGAGAACAAGACAUCUCUUUGUUCCAAAAGUCCGAGUCAUCUGAGCCGUCUGAUAUUCUCUGCUACUCCAAGUCUAGGAUUCUCAAGAUUCUUUACGACAUGUUAGAAAGUCAGCAGCAGGACGGAGCAGGCCUUGUUGAGCGCACCUUGCAGCUUAUCGUCAGCACAAUUGCGAACUAUCCGGACUAUCAGGCUUGCGAUGAAGUGAUCCCCGAGUUUUUGAUGAAAGCACUCAUCUGGAGUCCUUACGUAUGUCCAACUAUACCACUCUCACACAUUGAGCUGGAGAGGUGUGAAAAUGCCACACCCAGUACUGUUGGGCUUUCCGUGGAUGAGUGGGCUCGUGGAAUCUCCUUACUUCUGGCAAAUGCUGCUCUAGAUGACCCUGUUGUUGGUUCUCUCCGCAAAAUCAUGAACGUCAAACCGAGGCUGGCCGCGCAGCUGCUUCCUUACGUGACUCAUGAUGUGUUACUCUCGGAAAGAUAUGAAAAGGGCGAUAAAGGGGAUGUUCGCAAAAUGAUUUCAACGGCCUUCGGACAAGUUUUGAGCGAGACCUGUGAAGAGACGAUUCCUCACGCACAGCUUGUGAUAAGCUGCAUUCUUUAUCUUCGGAACCAGCCUAUGCCAAAAGAAUCAACGAUAGUGCAGCGUGAUAACUGGCUCGACAUCGACUUUGGGGAAGCAUCCUCCGCCGCACACAAAUGUGGACUUCAAAAGACAUCUCUGCUGUUCCUGGAGAUCCAGACAUCUAAAGUAAUCACAGGCUCUCGACGGACGUCUGUUGUCAAGUACGAGCCACCACCUGCCUUGCUACAUGAUGUCUUCAAGAACAUAGACGAUCCGGAUUUGUUCUAUGGCAUCGAGCGAAGCUCAUCACUGGCCAGUGUCAUGGAGAAACUAGAGUAUGAAAGCUCUGGGCUCAAGAACCUUCUUUUUCAGAGUGCAAAGUAUGACAGUGAGACUCAAAUGACCGACAAUGCAGACCCAUACGGUGUGUUGAAGGCAUUGAAUUCAACCAAUCUCCAGGGAAUUGCCAAUACCAUGCUUUCCGCUUCCAGCAGUGCAAAUAGCGCAUCUGUCGCUUUCGACAGUGCCCUACAAGCGGCGACCAGUCUUCAGAAAUGGGAUCUCCCUGUUUCGCCAUCAGACUCAUCACCCUCAUCCACUGUGUUCCGGACAUUCCAAGGUCUGAACAUACUUGGUUCUCUCUCUGAGAUAAAUUACUCAAUUGAGAAGGGCUUGCUAGCGACCCUUGAUACCCUUGUCAAGCCCGGAUCCCCUGUUCAAAUGGGUAAAUCUGCUAUCCAGCUGCGAGCUUCAAUGAGGGCCCUUGGAAUCAUGACUGAAGUGAGCGACACUUUACACUCUACCUCCCCCAAAGAGCUAGAAGAAGAGUGGCACAAGAUCGCCACGAGAAGCCAUUGGCUGAAGACAGAGAGGCGAGUCGGAGAGAUUCUUUCUUGGCAUGAAGCUCUGUUUUCAUCAAUCAGGAAAAGCGAUGUCCUCAAAUCACAGGCAAAUCUGAGCCUUACGGACUCGCGGCUGCUGGAGGCCAAGGCUAUCCGUCGGUCUUUGGAGAUUACCAGGAGUCAUGGCAACUCUCAAGCAUCCCUGAAGUCUGCAAUCAACCUCUCGAAGAUGGCUGAACCGUCAUUCGAGUUGAACAUCGAUGGUGCUGCAAAAUUCGAUCUUGCAAAUGUGCUAUGGGACCAAGGCGAGAUGACCGCUUCAAUCCGCAUGCUCCAACAGUUGAAGAGUCAAUAUGACCUUCCCAAGCAGGCCAUACCACUCAGCCGGGCUGAACUGCUCGUCACCCUGGGUCAUCAUGUGGCCGAAGCACGCCUUGAAAAACCUGAUUCUAUUCUACAGGAAUAUCUAUAUCCUGCAGUCAAAGAGCUUAAGGGCAACACAGGAGAAGAAGCAGGUCGAGUCUACCAUGGUUUUGCAACCUUCUGUGACGAGCAACUCCGGAACCCCGAUGGCAUUGAAGACUUCAAACGAGUCGAACAAUUGCGGGAUCGAAAGGAGCAGGAAGUACUCGGCCUUGAAGAUAUGAUGAAGAACGCCACCGGCAAAGAGAGAGACUAUCUCAAGAACUACCGGGCUAAAGCAAAGCAAUGGUUCGACCUUGACGACCGAGAGUAUCAACGUCUAUUGAGAAGCCGCGAGGCCUUCCUUCAACAGUGCCUAGAGAACUAUCUUCUUUGCCUGCGUGAGUGUGACACAUACAAUACUGACGCAUUGCGCUUCUGUGCACUCUGGCUCGACAAUUCGGCUAGCAAGACCGCCAACUCCGCCGUCUCUCGACGACUCGCCGAUGUCCCAAGCCGCAAAUUUGCACCAUUGAUGAACCAACUAUCUUCCCGCCUGCUCGAUGUAUCUGAUGACUUCCAAGCACUACUCACCCAACUGGUUUACAGGAUCUGUGCUGAUCAUCCCUUCCAUGGCAUGUAUCAGAUCUUUGCCAGUAGCAAGUCCAAAGGAAGCAAAGACAAGUCAUCUCAAUCGCGUUUCCAUGCCGCGAAUCAGCUUGUGGAUCGCCUCAGAAACGACAGCGAGAUUGGAGAGACCUGGGUUGCUGUUCACAAUGUCAAUAUCAGUUAUGUUCGCUUCGCGGUCGACAAACCGGAUAGCAAAUACAAAAGUGGCGCAAAGGUUCCGCUGAAGAACUUGACGACUGGUGAACGCCUGACGCAGGACAUUCUGCGUUACAAGCUGCCACCUCCUACCAUGAAGAUCGACCUACGGGUGGACUGUAACUACAGCCAAGUUCCGACGAUCUCAGCCUUCAACCCGUCGUUCACCAUUGCUUCUGGUGUCAGUGCUCCUAAGAUUGUGACGGCCACUGCAUCUAAUGGCGAGAAAUUCAAACAAUUGUACAAAGGAGGAAAUGAUGAUCUCCGCCAAGACGCAAUCAUGGAGCAAGUAUUCGAACAAGUCAGCAGUCUUCUGAAAGACCACCAACCCACACGUCAACGUAACCUCGGUAUCAGGACCUACAAAGUCCUACCACUAACAUCCAACGCCGGAAUCAUCGAGUUCGUUCCGAACACCAUCCCCCUGCAUGACUACUUGAUGCCAGCCCACCAACAAUACUUCCCAAAGGACAUGAAACCCAACUCAUGUCGCAAACAUAUAGCCGACGUGCAAACCAGAUCCUUUGAGCAGCGCGUCAGGACCUACCGACAAGUGACCGAUCACUUCCAACCAGUAAUGAGGUACUUCUUCAUGGAAAACUUCAACAACCCAGACGACUGGUUCAGCCGCCGACUAUCCUACACACGAAGCACAGCCGCAAUCUCGAUCCUCGGGCACGUUCUAGGCCUCGGCGACAGACACGGGCACAAUAUCCUCCUAGACGAAAAGACUGGAGAAGUAGUGCACAUUGAUCUCGGCGUGGCAUUCGAACAAGGACGCAUUCUACCCGUUCCCGAAGUCGUCCCAUUCCGCCUAACCCGUGACUUGGUCGACGGGUUUGGCGUAACCAAGACCGAAGGCGUUUUCCGACGUUGCUGUGAAUUCACGCUCGAGGCACUUCGCCAGGAAUCAUAUAGCAUCAUGACUAUUCUGGAUGUGCUCCGGUAUGAUCCCUUGUACAGUUGGACUGUGUCGCCGCUGCGAAUGAAGAAAAUGCAAGAUGAUCAGGAAGCUGGCGAUGGACCUCCAGUUUUGGCUGGGGCUUCUGACUCGAAGAAUGAGCCUAGCGAGGCAGAUCGUGCUUUGACUGUUGUGGCGAAGAAGCUGAGCAAGACGCUCAGUGUUACUGCUACUGUGAAUGAGCUGAUACAGCAAGCAACCGAUGAGAAGAACCUUGCCUUGCUGUAUUGUGGCUGGGCGGCGUAUGCGUGA